UGUUCCAAAACAUUCACUGAGUGGGCGGAGUUCUGGAGAGAUUGACAGUUUUGAUCUACGAGAGUUUUAUAAAUAGCGGUUGGACCUGUAUAAAUAUAUAUCAGUAUGUAGUUAGAAAUACUAAAUCUGUAUUAGUCAAAUCAGAAAAAAACUAUGGAGAGAUUUUACACGUGCAGUUGUUUUUUCAGUGAUAAUAUUUUUCUUGAAGAAUACAAGCUUCAUGUGCGUUUCGUCUCUGAGAACCAGUUCAGGAAGGACUAUCAAAAUAUCCUCAGAUCCCUGGGUUGUGUGUCUGAAUCUCAGUUCAGAGACGUGCUUGGAAAGAUUCAUGCAGAAAUCGAGAGACGCCAGCAUUAUAUAUUGAAAUCGGCAGAGAGAGCAGCUACCAUCAAGGAGAUUUAUACACCUCUACAUCAACAUGUUUAUUAUUUGCAGGAGUCAUUCCUGGCCCCAGAGUUUUUACAGUUGGUAAAAUACUGUACUUCUACUGAUGCAACCAUGGAAGGACUGAUGAAUCUCAUCCAGACAGAGGCAGCACCAAGGGUCUUCCGAUUCCCGGUGUUUCGAAAGGAAUUCUGCAAGGACUUUAUAGAAGAGCUGGAGCAUUUUGAACAGUCGGACGCACCAAAGGGCCGACCGAACACCAUGAACAAUUAUGGAAUUCUCCUCAAUGAACUGGGCUUUGAUGAGACUUUCAUCACCCCACUGAGGGAGGUCUAUCUGCAUCCACUCACGGCUCUGCUCUACAGUGACUAUGGAGGAAGCUGUCUGGACAGUCACAAGGCUUUCGUCGUCAAGUAUGCUAUGCGUGAAGACUUGGACCUUAGCUAUCAUUAUGACAACGCUGAAGUCACGCUCAAUGUGUCAUUGGGGAAAGAUUUCACAGAAGGAAACCUGUUCUUUGGAGACAUGAGACAGGUGCCUCUGAGUGAGACGGAGUGUGUGGAGGUGGAGCAUCACGUUACUGAAGGUCUGCUUCACAGAGGCCAGCACAUGCACGGAGCUCUACCCAUCUCCUCAGGCACACGCUGGAACCUGAUCAUAUGGAUGCGAGCUUCACGUGAGAGGAACAAACUCUGCCCUAUGUGUGGUAAGAGACCCACACUAGUGGAGAGUGGCGGAUUCAGUGAUGGCUUCACCAUGGACCCUGACGACACUAGUAGUACAUUCUCAUGUUCUUUAACAUGAUGUUGUUCAAUGCAUAUGGGUGCUGUUCUAAAGAUUUCCAUCAAAUUUAUUGUACAGCAAUCAGGGUAAAAUGAUUUUGGUGCCUUCUUCAAAAUCAGUACUAAAGGGGUAUAAGGGUUUUUGUUUAUGGGUAAUUUUGACUGUAAAUGACCUGAUGAUUGUAAAUGUAGUGGUUUUAAACCUGCUAUUGAUGUCCGUCAAUUUCUUAUCUUAGGAUGAACUGUUAAUAUAUACAAGGAAUUUGAGAUGUACAAUAAAAUAAAUAGACAAACAAAC